AAACAACAUUGGCUAUAUUCCUGUGCAAACUAAAUUCCGGACUUUCCAACAUAUUUUUGGCUACAUUAUUCAAUCUUACAAAAUCCAGUUUACGGAGAGCAGUGAAAACAGCCCGUCGAGCUCUUAUGGAAAAUUUUGUUCCCUACCAUCUUGGUUUUCAACAUGUGACUCGGGAAGAACUAAUUCAAGACCACACUCGUCCUCUUGCUGCGUCUCUCUUUGGAACUUCUGGAAAGGAAGCAAUACUGGUCCUUGACGGAACAUACAUAUACAUUGAAAAGAGUUCGAACUUUCAUUUUCAAAGAAGAUCCUACAAUGUACACAAAGGCAGGCCUCUUUUAAAACCAAUGGUGAUUGUAUCAACAUCUGGUUACUUCGUAUCUGUUCUUGGUCCAUACCUUGCUGACAGUAAAAACAAUGAUUCAUCCAUACUUAAUCAUAUCAUUAGGACCAAUGUAGAAGACAUUCAGAAAUGGAUCCAAGAAGAUGACAUUUUUAUUGUUGACCGAGGGUUUAGAGAUGCGAUUCGUCUUCUUCAAGAUCUUGGUAUCCAAGCAGAAAUGCCCAAGUUCAUGAUAAAAGGCCAAAAACAACUGUCCACAGAAGAUGCGAAUUCGAGUAGACUAGUGACCAAAGUUCGAUGGGUAGUGGAAUCAGCUAACGCUCGCAUCAAGAGAUGGAAAUACCUGGAGAAAGUGCUUCCUACGAACCAGAUCCCUUAUAUUGGAGAUUAUGUUAGGAUAAUUUGUGCCAUCUCCAAUAGGUUUCUGCCUCCUCUAUCCUCAGCUCAAGAGGAUGAUUCAGCAGUUGCUGUGAGAAUGUUGCAGCUCAGUCACCAGGUCAACAGUCUGAAGGAGCGUGUUGAGGCAGAAGAGUUGGAUGGUAGGAAAUCCUCUGUGUGGAUUGAUGCAUCUACAUUACAUGACUAUCCAAAGCUCACAGAACAACAACUCCGUGAAAUGACCUGUGGUUCGUACCAACUCAAACUUUCGAGGUGCUAUAUUAAGGAACAUAUUGAUGGAAAUCAUGACAUUCUCAUACACAGAGAGGAUCGUCACCUUUUGAAAGUACAAAUGCAAAGUAGGCAUGUAUCAUCCAAAGCACACAUAUUGUGGAUCUCCUUCAAUGAGACAGAGGUUACAGCAUGGUAUUGUCGAUGUAAAACAGGUGCACGAGUAGUUGGGGUGUGCGCACACAUUGCUGCAGUACUUUGGUACCUGGGAUAUGCAAGGCACAUCCAGGACUCCAAGAACAUUGGUGUAAGAAACUGGGCAGAAUAUGUUGAGGAUGCAGCCAAUGUGCCAGAGGUGAUAGAUACAUCUGAUAGUGAUGACAGCAUUAUUGAAGAAUGA